AUGAAUUCAAGUAUUAAAACGCGUUUACAGGAUUCAUUCCUUGCUAUUCGUUCUUACUCAAAACCACAUGAAUACUUCUACACCACCUUUUCACGAUCCACCGCAUCCGAAAUUUCAAUUCCAUCUCAAACUACCGCUAAUCAAGGAGUUACGGAAUUAUUCAAUAAACGCAUUAUUAUUUUCGGGUCAAUCUCUUGCGCUGUAAUCGUAUUAAUCGCUCUAAUCUCAUUCCUAAUCGUUUGUAUGCUCGGUCGUAAAUCACGAUCAAGACCUUCGACUACCUUUUCGCCUUCCAAUCAUGACGUUGAUGUCUCUGUGAGACAAAGAAACAUUGAUUCGUUAAAUAAUCCAAGAUUGAAACCAUUGUAUUUAUUACAGACACAUAAGCUUAAACCAUUACAUUUGGUGAUAAAACAUCGAGAUACACUUGACAAGAAGGAAAAGUUGAGGAUUGCAAAUCAACAAGAAGGCAUCAUUCAGAAGAAUAAUUUUCAACAAAAAUUUGAUACUCGUCAACAGGAUGGCUUAAUUCAACAAUAUUCGCGUCAACGAGAGAAUAAUCUUUUAGAAAAUAUUCAUGGUCAAGGGAUGAAGGAUGAAAGAAAUAUUCGAGAGAAACUCAACAACCUAGUCAAAAUAAUAGAACGUAAAAAUGUUGAAAUUUUUGAAGGAAAUGAUUCUUCAAUUGAUGAUGAUAUUUAUGAAGAUUUGACCAUUUAUGAUAUUAUUGAAAUGUUUAAAACGUUAAAUGGAGAUUACAAUUAUGUUAAUUAUAUAAACGAGUGA